CCAAUCCAGAGGAUCCCCCCAAUCAAGACGAUCACAUCAAUCAAGACGAUCGCCUCAAUCAAGACAACCGCAUUUUCAGCCAUGACGUCUUUGAAGCUUCAUUUGACAUGCUGUGGGAGGUUCCCGAGCCUCAAACUGAUCACGGCACUUCACGGCCGUCUUGGCUCCGUAUACUCAUUUAUACAAUUCUGUUCAAGUGCGAGAUCAGGCCCAAGGUCGAGGUCAAAUGCCAUGACUUUAAUUCAGAGAUGUUGGACAACCCUGCUAUAAAAGCCCUUCUCGAAUAUAAGUGGAACACAAUCGGUCACGCUUACUGGCGUGUGCGAUUCUACUCUGAAUUCAUAUUCUACAUGCUGGUGCUGGGGGCCGUUACCAUUCAAGUGUAUGGCAGGAUUCCGCGAGUCUCACUCUUCAGUGCUUACAUUGCCAUCAUUGUGAUGGCUUCCGUGUUCUUGAUGCUCAAGUGCCUCCGAUUUCGCCGUAAUCGUUUCAGGGAUUUGAUCUCCCUAUACGGUGCCUUCGAGGUUGCAGUGUUUGUGCUCCCGCUAGUAAGAAGCAUUAUCCAGAUUUUAAACAUUGUGAAUAUGGAUGAGAAAGGCGACAUUUCAUUUCUCAGUUUCUCCGUCUUGGUUAUCUUCCUGCGCUGUCUAUCCGAGCUUCGGGUCAAGAAGAACAUCGGUUACUUUGUCACAGUCAUUCUCGAAAUCGUAGGCCGAAUUCGUCUCUUCUUCCUGCUCUUUAGUGUAGGGAUAGUAGCAUUCGCCCUCGCAAUCCUCUACUUUCUCCGUGGUUGUCCUAUUACCGACUGUGGUGGAUUGGUGGAUACCAAAUUCUUAAAGGCACCCCUCUGCGCUGUUUUGAUUACCUUUUUAUUCUUGUCUGGAAUAGACUGGGUUAUGGGGUUCUGUUGGGGAUGUCCUUGAACUAGAGGGUCGUAGCUGGGCCUUUGAUUUGAUCAUGGUAUUCUAUGUCAUAUUGAUGUCCAUGAUUUCCCUCAAUAUACUCAUUGCACUGAUGAAUGACGGAUUUCA